AUGUAUAGAAAGAAUUCACGAAUUCUUCGAAGAUUGAGCAGAUUAUACGAUUGGCAAAUGGAUGAGUACGGUGGCUUACGUCCAGUAAUUGAAUCAAUUAAUGGAAAGAAUGAACAAUUACAAUAUUCUCAUUAUCAUCAUUUACCAUUUUCAACCGGUGAUAAGAUAAAACGUCAACAAAAUUGUGCCAAUGAUUCAUUCAUUCUGGAAACUAUUCUCAAAAGAUAUAAUCGCCAUAAAGUUCCAGGAGAUUCAGUGAUUGUUCAGGUGGAAGUUUGGGUGCAAGAAAUUACAACAAUUAGUGAUAUUACCUCUGAUUUUCAGUUGGAUAUCUACAUCAGUGAGAUGUGGUUGGAUCCAGCUUUAGAUUAUUCCUGGAUGCAACCCUGUAAAUAUAAUUUAUCGCUGAACAGUGUUUUAUUGGAGAAACUCUGGACACCGAAUUCAUGUUUUAUCAAUUCAAAAACUGCCGAUAUACAUCGAAGUCCUUUUCCAAAUAUUUUUUUAAUGAUUUAUUCUAAUGGAUCAGUAUGGACUAAUUAUAGACUCAAAUUGCAAGGACCAUGUACGAUGGAUUUAACAAGAUUUCCCUUCGACAAUGUUACAUGCUCGCUUACUUUCGAAAGCUUUAACUAUAAUACCGAUGAAGUUGAAAUGGUUUGGUCACCACUUGGUGUAUCGAAAAUGCGUGAAAAAAUGGAACUUGCUGAUUAUGAACUUACCGGUAUUGAGAAUUUUAGGAAAACAGAGCCUUAUCCUGCUGGUUUUUGGCAUGAAUUAACAAUGAUAUUUCAUUUUAAACGACGAGCUGGAUGGUAUAUUCUACAAGCUUAUCUUCCAACUUAUCUUACUAUUUGUAUAUCAUGGAUUUCAUUUGCACUUGGCUCUAAAGCAAUACCAGCUCGUACAAUGCUAGGAGUUAAUUCACUUCUUGCAAUGACUUUUCAAUUUGGUAAUAUUAUCAGAAAUUUACCACGUGUUAGCUAUGUUAAGGUUUGUUAUCAUUCACUUCAAUGA